GUCCGCUCUGGCUCGCCGUCCUUCAUCAUGGCGGCCGCUGCGCUCCAGCUGAGGCAGACCCUGUGCCCGGGAGCGCGCGGCCUCCGUAUCUUCUCCUCAGUCGCCAGGCCCGCGGCUCCGAGAGCCGGCCCGCGUACGGUAUCCAGAAGGGAAAGGCCGAUGAGAAGAAAGGCUCUGCCUCCUAGGACGGAGAAGAUGGACACUGACCAGGACUGGCCUAGUGUUUACCCCACUGCGGCACCAUUUAAGCCCUCGGCUGUUCCUCUGCCUGUUCGCAUGGGAUAUCCAGUAAAGAAGGGUGUGCCCAUGGCGAAGGAGGGGAAUCUGGAGCUUUUAAAGAUCCCAAAUUUUCUGCACUUGACUCCUGUGGCAAUUAAAAGGCACUGUGAAGCUCUGAAAGAUUUCUGCACUGAGUGGCCAGCUGCACUCGACAGUGAUGAGAAAUGUGAGAAGCAUUUUCCAGUUGAGAUUGAUACAGCGGAUUAUGUGUCGUCGGGACCAUCUGUUCGAAACCCCAGAGCUCGAACAGUAACGUUACGGGUUAAACUUUCCAGUUUGAAUUUAGACAAGCAUGCAAAGAAAAAGCUUAUUAAGCUUGUAGGAGAGCGGUACUGCACGACCACUGAUGUGCUCACUAUCACAACAGACAGAUGCCCUUUGAAGCGGCAGAACUAUGACUAUGCAGUGUAUCUCCUCACAGUCCUGUACCACGAAUCUUGGAAAACUGAAGAAUGGGAAAAAAAUAAGACUGAGGAAGACAUGGACGAGUUUGUGUGGGCCAAGAGCUCCUCGGAGAGCAGUGUCCUCCAGACCCUGCUGCAGAUGAGAGCCGCUGAGGGGAGCGUGGUGCCCAGCAGAGAAGAGCUGCUGGGGACUGAAGAGGUGGAGGAUUACCAGAAGUGUGUUGUCCGUCUCAAGAAUGAGGGGGAGAACGAGGAGAGCCUCGCUCAGUACAAAGAGUCUGUGAAGAGACUGUUAAAUUUGGCAUGAAGUCCAAACUAGAAGGCAGCUGUUUCAGUUGUAUGAUGUAUUUAGUCACUGAUUUGAUAUAAAUGGGAGAAUACUUGAGAAUAUUGUCUUAUGUCAGGAAACACUUCACCUUUCAGACUCCUGUGCCCUGUGGUGGUGGUGGGGCUAGGGAUUGUGGUUUCUCUGCUUGUGGCAUGUUUUGACUUUAUUUCUACACAUCACCUUAAUCUUCCCCCAGUUACAGAGCGUAAUUGUUUUGUUAGCUGCUUUGUCUCCACUGUUCAGGUUUAGUGAUUGCUUUUGAUCAAUAACUUUGGUUACUAAGGAUACCUAGCCCGGCGUCUGACCAAGCCCUUGGUGCCCCUCAGUGGCCCGCCCCAAGGAGGCUGCACUCUUCUGUGGACAGCAGCCAGGUUAGCUCUUGCUCCUCACCUACCCCAGUGUCACACAUACAGUGCUCUGUCUCACAGACCACUUAGCAGCAGACAGAAAACUCUUCAGGCAAAACCUGCAUCCAGACGUGUUGUCCACUUCCUGAUUUAGGCUUGUGUAAGUAGAGGAUUGGAGGUUUCCCUGGGGAAACAAGGUGAUUGGCUGCAGGACCUGCUCACAGUUGCCUGUCUUGCAGUCUGAAGUUCUCUGCCUUCCUGUGGCCAUUUGAUGUUGCUUCAGCUCUGAUUGGCUAAACUCUGGCUCUAGAGCUCUCUCUCUGUCUCAAGCCCUGCUGGCAGGAAGGACAACAGCCCCAUAGCCUUCUCUCUGCCCCUCCUGCCCUGUACUCAGCAGCUCAGGAGAAGACACAGGCCAGGAUGAGAAGCAGCAACAGAUGGGCUGCAGGUCAGGUUGGGGCGAGUUGCUUUGUAGUCUGUGAGCUUGGACCCAGGGCCUUAUGUAUGCUCAGCCCACACUGCCACUGAGCAGCGCCCCCAGCCCCAUCCAGUAUUUUUAAGUGUAUCUGGAAGUCAUUGAACAUUUGUGGAAAAUGAAACUAGGCUUUGGAAUUAGUAAUGUCCAAGGCAGACAGACUAUAAAGAACAAAAAUGGAGCCUUGAGCUUUAUAGGCAUAUGUGGGGGUUGGGGGAAGGAAUCAUUCUCAGAGAAGUGUGGCACUGGGUAGGGUCAUUGCAUAGAGGUGAAUGAAAAGCCAGACAUAUAAAUGACCUUUUUUUGUUACAUCAAAAGCAUGUUUAAAAAAGUCUUAGGGGCUGACUGACAUACAUGUUUCUAGUACACAGAAGUUGAGGGGAGGUGGAUGAGUUUUAUUUUUAAUUACAUGUCUAUGUAUGUAACUGUGUGUGGUAUAUGUAUGUAUGUGCAGGUACCCAGAGAGGAUAGAGACGUCAGAUCCCCUGGACAUGGGUUCUGGCACUGAAUUCAAGUUCUCUGCACUAUGUGUUCUUAACCACUGAGCCAUCUCUUUAGCCCCCUGAUUUUCAUCUGUGGCAUAUUAUCACUUUAAAGACUCCUGUGGAGUGGCGGAAAGCAGGUAGAGAGCAGGCUAAAGGGAGCAUGGGACAUAGGACCGGGAUGGACAUUAGGGGACAGGUGAGAUGUAGUUCCAUAGGGCUGUCUGUGAGUGCAAUGCUGAUGAGAAUAAAGGUAUCCUGGCCAUGUUAAAAAACUUGA